AUGGCAUCUGAACAGGGUACUGUCGUGGAACUGUACAUCUACGACUUGACCAAUGGCCUGGCAUCUGUGCUGUCACCCUCCAUACUGGGUCGUCAGAUUGAGGGUGUGUGGCACACAGCUAUCGUCGCCUACCAAAGAGAGUUCUUCUACGGCGGCGGUGGCAUCACCAGCUGCUCCCCGGGCAGUACACAGCUGGGCCAGCCCCUACGCAUUGAACGCCUCGGCGAGACGUUCGUGCCUUUCCAGCUGUUCGUCGAGUACUUACAGGCGCUCGCCACCACCACAUACGCGCCGGCGGCGUACAACCUGCUAGAGCACAACUGCAACCACUUCAGCGACGAGGUGGCGCAGUUCCUGUGCGGCGCGCGCGUGCCCAAGCACAUCGUGGCGCAGCCCGACGAGCUGCUGGCGCCGCACGCGCGCUCCGCGCUGCAGUCGCUGCUCGACAACCUGGCGCCGCAAGCCGACCGGACGAUGUACUCUGCGGAGAGCGCGCGGGCGCAGCGCCAGGACAGCCCCGACUACCUCACGCUCAACACGCAGAUCGAGGAGGCCAGGGCGGCGGCGCAGGAGCUGGGCGCGCGGCGCAGCACGCUGGCGGAGAAGCUGGCGCGCAAGGAGCGCCGCCGCGACAAGAAGCGCAAGAAGCACCUGCGCGAGAACGGGGACGGCGCCGCCGACGGUGAGUGCACUCUCUCACUCUUACUUACGCGCGGCGGUGCCGGCGGCAUUCUCGCCGCGAGCGCCUGCUCCAGCACACCACCACCACCACUACCACCACCACCAGACAUGGCAGAAGCAGUUGAAACAGCGUCGGCAGUGGGCCCGGAGGAGCUAUCGCGGGCAGGCCCCAGCUCGGACUCGCUUGCGGUCGAGGCCGACGAGCGCCGCCAGGAGGAGCUGCGCAAGCGCAGCCGAGAUCCCCCUAUUGUCUACACUGAUAUAGAUGGCGUCAGCGAGUUUGAAAAACUAGCAAAAUUACUGGAGAACGUGGAACUGACGCCGGAGGAACGGCAGAACUUGGACGAGCUCCAGCAGUACCUGGUCCAAGGCGAAGGCAGUUGGGUGCUAGGAGAUGACUUCCUCGCGUUCAUUGGGCGGCUGCUGAACGACCCGUCGCUGGCGUCGGACGUGCGCGUGCACACGCUGCGGGCGCUGAGCGCGUGCGCGCUGAGGGACGACGUGUCGCUGGUGCUGCACCAGGACCGCCGCCACCACGCGCUGCUCAACUACGCGCACGCCGUCGACGCGCUGCCCCUGCACGAGCAGCAGGCGCUCGCGCUCUUCAUGUGCAACUUGUUCGAGAACAUCUCGUCGUCGGAGUGGUUGCUGUACAUCAGCGAGUGGGAGCACAACGGCCAGCCGCUCUCCAACAUCCGCGCCACCACCAAGGUGUGCGUGCACAGCGCGCUGAGCCAGGACGGCGAGCUGCGGGAGCUGGGCACGGCGCUCAUGCACAACAUUGCCACCAAGGAGGUAAAGACCGUGGUGUUCGACGAGGUGUGCGUGGAGCUGGCGAUGGCGCUGCUGCAGCUGCUGCAGUGGGCGCCGAGCGAGGAGCACCUGUUCCGCUCCGUCAAGGCCCUGGCGCGCUUCGUGGCGCACUCCGCCGACGUGCCGCAGCUCGUGGCCAUGGUGGGGCCCGACCCGCAGGCCUUCAGAGGCACGAGUCCACGCGUCGACGAGCAGAUAGACCUCAUCGUGAAGAAGAUAAAAUAA